AUGGGCGGCUGCGAAAGCUGUGCCACGGGCCGCCGGAAGGAGGCGCCGGGGACGCGACGCGACGCGUUCACGACGCCCGGCACGAAGCGAAGAGGAGUGAGACGCGGCAUGGCGACUCCCGGAACCUACGCGAUGCCAUCCAAAGAGCAGCUGGGCGGAGUUCGACCGUGUGCUGAUAAGCUGCGAGCCGAUUCUUCCACCGUGGACGGGAUGCUGAGCGGUCUUCUUCGGUCGCCCAAUUUUGUUUAUAUGAACUCCUUGGGCGCAGAGGCCGAGGGAAUGGAUGUCCUCGCCGCCAGGCGGCUUUAUUCGGAGCUGGCGAAGCAAGAGCGGCAGAGCCCCGAACGGGCGCAGGAGAUGCUCCGCUGGGCGGCCUCGACGCAAGAUGGUGUGAUCCUGAGGCAAGUCAUCGAGGAGGUGGAGACCUUGUGCCCCGAUUCGGUGGCGCUACAACCGGCACGCAAGCGCUUGGCCGAGUACCAGGAGGAGAUGAAGCGGCGCAUCAGUCGGACGCAGGACCUGCAGAAGCUCUCCUUCUUUCUGGACCGAGCCAGGCAGAUGGGCAUCCCUUCGGCGGAGCUGGCUGAGCACUUUCACCGGAUCGAGGUGUCGCUGCCCGAGUUCCGGCGCCUCACGGGGCACACGGCGGUGGGCGGCGCCUGCUUGUCCCAGGGGCUGCUGCCCGGCUGCGAGGAGCGCACGAUCUCGCAAUGGUCUCCCUUUGCCCUGGGCAAUCCCAAAGUGGAGACAGUGAAGGACCUCAUCUCCUUGCGUUGCAAGGGCGCCAUCGGCGCGCCCUGGUUCGAAGACCGGGAGCGGCCCAUCGCCGGGGUCGACCUGGCCGAGCCAGGCGGCUCCUAUCAGUCCUAUUCCAUGCUGAGAGACCACAGGUUGAAGCACGCCCGUUGCCCCAACAGUCCUGGAGUGAUGUUUGACCAGAUGAAGGGACCCCCGAUUACCUCCUACGACUACGGCUUCUACCCAGCAGACAUCCGGCCACCAAGGUAUCCCAUCUCCUCCACGUGGAUCUCACGGAGUGCUUCGGAGCUGCAGAAGACGUUGAAGACCUCCAAGGGCCGCUGA